CGUGACCUAGAUAUCGUUUAGAAGGUGGUAGUUGAGUUGGAGUUGAAACCGUCACCGCAUUUAAUAUUUAUUGUUCUUAGUUUUAUCAAGCUGAAACAUAUUAAGCUUAUGCACAUUAAAAGUAGUUGCAAUAUUUCUAUACCUUUGAAAUUUUAACCAAAUUCGUUAGGAGCACAAAAAACACAAAAUUCCGUAACCGUUCCGAGCAAUGAGUUUGCUUUUCUCAAACUCGCGCUGUGAUAGCUUCGUCGUGUUUAGCUGUGUGUGUAUAAAUAUAUUUUUCUAAAGCCGUAUAAAGCAAGUGAAGGAACAGGUGCAUUACCGCGUAAAAUUACUACAAUACAAUACACUACAGUCAACCUGUCCCAGAAAUCGGGACGAAACAACAAUAAAAUAUCGUUCUCCUGUUGUGUGCAUGUGGGAAUGUAAGAAAAUAUGGUCACGUCAGGAUAGUUGAAUCCUCCGUCGUCAGCUGUAUUCGUCGGGCAAACAACGUCGAGUCUGCGGGGCCAAAUAAUUGUAGGGCUUAAGUUUUCCUUAAAAAGGGUAAAACAAAGGAAAAUUCCUACAAGGGGAAGCUUGUAGCAGCUUCCGCUUUAGAUUCCCACGAGCAAGAAGGUUACGCAAGUGGGUGAAUCGCGCAAGAUAGUGCGAAGUUGUGAGGUUCUUUUGUUUUGGUAAGAUUAGCGUAGAAGAAGCGCAACAAAGAACAACAAAACACAAGCAUUGAAACAUGGCCAGCACGCUGGUGGUGCUAGAGGUGGUGCAAUUGGUGCUGCUUUUGCUUUUACCAGGCAAGGCCAGUUCGGACGGAUCGGAUACGUCCAGUGGACGGGCGACCGCUCCCGUUCUAAUCGUCGUAUCGUACGAUGGCUUCCGGACAGAAUACCUGCAACGCAACAGUUCCGCCUACAUAAACGAAAUACGACGGAACGGCACUACCAGCGCAUUUCUGCGCAACGUUUUCCCGACGAAAACGUUUCCAAACCAUCACAGCAUCGCUACCGGUGUUUACCCGAACGUACAUGGUGUGUUGGCUAAUGGCGUAUACGAUUCGCUCCAAGGUCCAUUGAACUAUUCCUACGAAUUGUUUCACUUCAAUCCGGAACUGUUGCCGAUUUGGGCGUUAAACCAAUAUGCUGGAGGCCACAGCGGAUGUAUGAUGUGGCCCGGAUCGGACUUUGGGUAUGGACCGCGCAAUCUUACUUGUAGCCAUACGCUACCGUUUAAUCUAUCAAUCCCGUGGGUUGAACGGCUCGAUACCGUGUUCCAGUGGAUACGGGAUGCGGAACGGCCUGCCAACCUAGUGUUGCUGUACAUCGAAGAGCCUGAUUACGAUGGACAUAUUUACGGACCAGAAUCGGAACGUAUUGAACAUCUGGUAGUAAAGCUGAACGAUCUCACACGCCAACUGCAUGCGAGAAUUGCUGAACAGCGAUUGCAGGAACGUGUGAAUGUGGUGCAUCUAAGCGAUCACGGAAUGGAGGUGCUGAUGCCGAAGAAUUUUAUCAAUCUAACUUCACUGGUUGCGGACGACCUACGGUACGACACGUACGGGACCACACCGGUGCUACAAAUCGUACCGAAGGUGGAGCAGGACCGUUCGGAACUUUACCGGCAGCUCAAGCGAGCGGCCGAUGCGGAUGGUAGAUUCGAUGUGUAUAUGCAGGAAAAUUUACCCACCCGGUGGCGGUACAAUAAUUCGCGGCGAACAGGACCCAUCACAGCGGUGGCACAGCUUGGUUACGGAUUCGACGAUAUGUGGAAAACGGUCGAGUACUAUCGGAAGAAAUAUCGUGUCGAAGUUACACCAGACACUCCGUACGGUAUGCAUGGGUACGAUAAUUCGCAAUCCUCCAUGAAUUCCAUUUUCUUCGCUUACGGUCCAGCAAUAAGGGAGCAGCUAAUCGUGGAACCGUUCGAUACGGUCGAUCUGUACUAUAUGUUUUGUGAGAUCCUGAACCUUAUGCCACCGUCCUAUCUGGCGGGCAACGCGAGCCACAUCCAGCACAUACUGCGUAAUGGUUCGCGCGACGAUGAUGACGAUGACGAUAACGUACCGAACGGUGGCGGUUCAUCCGAUACGACACGUGCGGAAACGAUCAUCAUGAUAUUCGCCGGCAGUCUUAUCGCAUCGUUUGCCAUCGUCAGCCUGUUUGCGUUCGCCGUUAUAUAUCAGCGGCGAAGACGCGAACAUAUGGUACCGCCGUAUCUGUACGAGGAAACGGAAACGUUCAUCGACGAAGGUAACAAGAUGCUGCACACGAGCACCACCAACUCGUCUAUUAAUGGUGAUGUUGUAUCGGUUGACGUUUGAAAAUGUACGGGGAUUGGUAACGUUUGGCUGCAACUUUUAUAUAUAGUCCAUCUUACAUACGUAGAGGCUGGGGCUACGAUCAAACGGAAUGUAAUUUUUUUACUGAAUUACUCUAUUCAUUUGAUACAUUCCCGUUGAGAAUUUGCACCGAAGGAUGUCCCCGAGGUAAUACACACAGUAAAGCGAUCAAAUUAGGCAACUAAUGUUGUGAUUCAAAACAUUCAAAAAUUGCAUCGAAAUGAAUUGAAAUUAUCGUGAUUGUUUGAAUUGAAUAGAAUUGUAGCGCAGAUAGAAAGGAAAACUGAAGAAAAAAAAACACAGAAACAAAAUGUCUAACCAUUAACUAAUUAACACUGUAAACUACACGAAGAAGCCUAAACUGAAAGUAUUUCCCAACUCUCCCACUCUUGGCAAAAGCUGGAGCUGGCCUUAAGCCGCUAGAGAAUCUAUCUAUCUACACCAACUGUUGUACAUACAUCCUACAUUCUAUAUCUAUAUACAAGCAAAGGAAGAAAAGGAAAAGGGAAGAAUUUUUUUUUUGUUAUUUCAUUGUGCCACAACGAUUGUUUUGUUUUUUUUUUAAGGAAAGUUAAAGAGAUCAGAGGCUUUUAACCUACUGGACUGCACGUGUUGGUGCGAGUGGUUGGAUUAUAUUAAAAAAGGGGGAAAACAAGCAACAAAAGGGCGCACGUUUAUUUGAGAUUUUAUGGUUUUCAGGUAAUUUGUUUUUUUGGCGAAUCGUUGUCGCGUCUACUCUGAGUGGCCAUACAAACAUUUGUUGCAAAACGGUAGAUCCAAUCUACACUAUUCAUCGCUAAGCCUACAGUGCGAACGAUGUACGGAUGAAAUUAGAGGAAAAAUGUAGUGAAACAAAAAACACAUUUCAAUAAGCUAAUAUAGAUCGUUUUAUCCAGCGAUUAACGGUUGGGUUGCCUGAGCGAUCCGUGUGUUUUUGUAGAAGAUUUUAUGUCGUCCAUCCCCUUUUUCAUACGUUUAUACUACAUAUUUCGUCAGCAGGCAACGAAACGGGGGGAAGCGGUAAAAAAAAAUCGCGUUAGUAAAACAUGCGCCAAAAUAGUUGAGCAAAAUCAUACACAACCGGAAAACUGAAUAACUAUCGUUUAAAAGAAAACAAAAAAAAAGGUUAAAGCUAUCUCUAUUGUGAUAUUUUUCUAUGCGAGUGUCUAGGGAGAAAAGAGGGACGUGUAGUGAUAGAAACGAAGGUAAUAUUUAAGGCCGCCAACUGGCAAAUUAAUGUUUUUAGAAAGGACAAAUGUGUGCUCUACAUAUUGGUCCAAUGGAAACACGGUGGUUCUUUACAGCAGCUAGAUCCUGUCAGAUUGUGGUUUACGAACGAGGAUUCAACAGGAUACAGUUUGGAACAUAAACCUUCGCAAUUGCCAAAUCAAUUAUAAGGAAAGAAGGAAGAAGAAACGCGAGUGAGAAUGGAGGAUUCUUUCGUCCCCAUUGCACUGGCAAACUAGUAAACAAAGGAAUGAUAAAUUGUGAACCAUAAAUCGCUACAGUGUCUGAAGGCAGAUAGAGAGAAAGAAAAAAAAAUAAUGACACACACAUACCACAAUGCCAACGCCAUAUCUAUAGUAGGAGUUAUGUCCCUAAGGACAUGGAAGAAAGGAUACGAAGAAAGGAUCGUUUCCACCCAUGUAAGGGUGCAAUGAAGGUAAAAAAAAGCAACAGCAGAAGUAGUUCUUUACACUUUUAUUCUUUACCUCUACUUUCAAACUCUGAUGAAUAGUUUUAUGGAAAUAAAAAUUUUAGGAGAAACACAUCGAAA